AUGUUGUUUGAUGGAGCAAUCAAUGUGUGGGGACAUGGAGUAGGGGCCGUGCUCAUAUUGCUGGAAGGGAAGCAGCACCCGGUCGCGGCUAAACUUACUUUUCCUUGUACUAACAAUGUAGCCGAAUACGAGGCAUGCACGUUCGAUUUGCAGGCCGCCAUAGACAGGGGCAUUAAGGAAUUGGCCAUUAAAGGAGAUUCAACUUUGGUUAUUCAUCAGUUAAAUGAAGAAUGGGAAACACGAGAUGCCAAGCUGAUGCCAUAUCAAAAGUACAUCCAAGGGAUGAUUAAGGAGUUUGAUCAUGUCAGUUUUUCCUAUCUACCCAGAGAAAAUAAUUUGAUUACUGAUGUAUUGGCAACAUUGACAGCUUUGAUCAAAGUGGAACUGGGUAUGGAGAUGGAGCCAAUUCGUAUAAGGGUGCGCAUAGAACCUGCAUGCUGUGUAGUGACAGAAGAGACCGAUGAGAAACCGUGGUUCCAUGAUAUCAAGACUUACAUCCAACAAAAGGAGUAUCCAAAAGGAGUCACCAAUAAUGAUCGAAAAACAAUCAGAAGGCUGGCUAUGAGAUUCUUCUUGGAUGGAGAAGUAUUGUACAAGAGAAACCACGAUAUGACUCUACUAUGA